AACCAGGACCGUUGGGUUUAUUUAUUCUCACCACAUGUAGUUCUGAGUUUCUGCUCCAGUACUGACCUACACUAACAUGCCGGCCUGGUCUUUACCCCUCUCCCGCCUCACUGUUACCCGGAGCAGUGUUGGAAGCUUCUUUAUUAACCCUAAAGCUUUUUAUUCUGGAUUUAGAGCUACAGCUCCGGUCUCACGCUGGCUGACAUGUCGCCCCGCGUCCCGACAACCAGUCCUGACAGGACAGGAUCAGUCUGCGACCGGCAUGAGCUCCAGCACAACCGGGGGAGAAAACACCAGCGACCGGCUGUGGUCUGUUUAUCACCAAACUAAACAACAAACUGAAGACUUAAUUCCAGUAAUCUCAAACAACUUUAUGAACCCGGAUACCAUCUUCGCCAACAAUGAGAUGAGCUUGCAGGAUAUUGAGAUCUAUGGCUUUGACUACGAUUACACGUUGGCCUUCUACUCCAGUCAUCUCCACACUCUGAUUUUCAACAUUGCUCGAGACAUUCUCGUCCAGCAACACAGGUAUCCUGAGGGAUUGAUGGACUAUAAAUACAUCCCCGAUUUCGUGGUCCGGGGGCUGCAUUACGAUGUUCAGAAGGCGUUACUGAUGAAGAUAGAUGCCUUUCAUUACAUCCAGCUAGGAACAGUGUACAGGGGUCUACACGCCGUACCAGACACAGAAGUCAUUGCUAUGUAUGAAGGAAGCCAUGUACCUCUAGAGAUUAUGAGUGACUUUUAUGGCAAGAGUACCCAUGGACACACUAUGAAACAGUUCAUGGAUAUCUUCUCCCUUCCUGAGAUGACCCUGCUCUUGUGUGUAAACGAUUACUUUAUGAAGCACAACAUCGAUUAUGAGCCUGUGCAUCUCUACAAAGAUGUCAAGGAGGCCAUAAGAGACGUUCAUGUGAAGGGAAUAAUGUAUCGAGCGGUGGAAGCAGAUAUUGAGAAGUAUAUCUGUUACGGUGAACAGACCCAAGCUGUUCUAAAAAAGCUUUUAGCAAAUGGAAAAAAAAUGUUUCUCAUUACCAACAGUCCCUUUGAUUUUGUAGAUCGGGGAAUGAGUUACAUUGUGGGGAAAGACUGGCGGGACCUAUUUGACAUUGUCAUAGUGCAAGCAGACAAGCCAGGUUUCUUUAACGACCGGAGAAAGCCUUUCAGACGAGUUACUGAUAAAGGAGUGUUGCUAUGGGACAGAAUUCACCACCUGAAGAAGGGGCAGAUUUAUAAACAGGGAAACCUGUAUGAAUUCUUGAGACUGACUGGCUGGAGGGGCUCGAAGGUGUUGUACUUUGGAGACCACAUCUACAGUGACCUUGCUGACCUGACCCUUAAGCAUGGCUGGAGGACGGGAGCCAUUAUCCCAGAGCUACGCAAGGAGAUCAAGAUAAUGAACACUGAGGAGUAUGUGCACACCAUGACGUGGCUACAGAGUCUGACCAACCUGUUAGAACAGAUGCAGGUUCAUCGAGAUGCAGCCUCACAGGAAGUGAUUCAGCACUGGAUCAAAGAGAGGGAGGAUAUGAGGUCACAGGCGAAAAACAUGUUCAACUCUCAGUUCGGGAGUCUGUUCCGCACCUAUCACAACCCCACAUAUUUCUCCCGUCGUCUAUCUCGCUUUGCGGACAUUUACAUGGCCUCCCUCAGCUGCCUUCUUAACUACGACCUGCAGCACACGUUCUACCCUCGCCGCACCCCGCUGCAGCACGAAGCAGCCUUGUGGCCAGAGCAGAACAACACAGGAGCCAUGAACACGCCCAUCCAGAACCAGCACACGUGAUCGAAGUAAAGCAAGAGAAAAUACACAUUGUUAUUAUUAUUAUUAUUGUUGUUGUAUAUUACAGAACAUUUGCAGCACUGCUGCUGUUACCAGCUCAGCCACAUAAACGUGGUCAUGGUUUCAAAUCGUACUGGUGAUGACACGGCCAUCCAACAAAGUAGUAAUGAAGGUUUUACCAUUUUUUGCAUGUUCCUUUUUUAGAUGGUAGGGAUCAGUUUUAGUAGACAGUUGCAUAAUUGUACAAUUGUCACAGUGUUCAACAUUUAGUGUUUAAUAAUUAUAGUACUGUAACUGUGGAUCAUGUCCACAAGCUGUAGUUCUUUAGUACAUUAAAAAUGUGUUUACAUACACUUGUAAGGGACACGUGUAUGUUAUGGCACUCUUGGGAAUUCACUGAUUCAGUUGUUUUAUUGACUGGAACACACACCUUUAAUUUGAAAAAGCAAAUAAACAAUACAAACAAACGGAGAAAUACCUUCCUAAUUACAAAGGGGAUUUAUUUACCACCUAAUUAGUGGGGAUUUAUUUAGCGGUUUAGAAAGUUCUGUAAUGCCAUUUAACUUUGUGGCAUGGCUUCAUAUUUCCUCAAAUUGAUGACUGACUACAGCUAUAGGUCAGGAAGAAAACCUGAACUGUUACCUUAUGCUGCAAGGAAAUUGAUCUCAAUUGACAGAUUCUUAAUGGGCUUUCCUGCACUGCAGACCCCUAAGCCUAUUGUGAGGUAAAGCUUGCUUAAUUGUGGACAGUGACUGUGGACAUGGCAAUUGUACCCUAACUUGAAAGGUCACUGGUUCAAGCCCCACCACUGCCAGGUUGCCACUGGUGGGCCCUUAAGCAAGGCCCUUAACCCUCAUUUGCUUAGACAAUAUACCAUCACAGUACUGUAAGUCACUUUGGAUAAAAAGCGUCUGCUAAAUGCUGAAAAUGUGAAUAGCAGACUUAUUUUUUGAUGAUUCUUAGAUCGUUUCACCAUCUGGACAAAUGUUCUAAUAAGAUGACCCUUUAGGCUUUGGACACCACUCUGCAAAGUACAUGUUUUUUUGUUUUUUGUUUGUUUUUUCCCAUUUUUUCUCCCCCUUUGGUGCAACCAAUUGUUCAAUUUGCAUCGUGCUUCCUCUCUGUCUAUGCCGAACCCUGCCCUGAAGCUUUGCUUUUUAUUCAGUGCAUUUCUGAAGUCUAUGUCUGAAUCUUAGCACAGCACAAUGCCGGUGAUCACAAUUUGCGCUUAAAACUUAAAGUUAAUGGUUAGCAUAGUAAGGCUGUAAUCAAUUAUGCAAACUGUUUCUGGUACCGCCUAUGAAUUGUGCUCUGCUAGAGGUUUAGGGUUUAAAAGCUAUUAAGAAUUCAUAGAAAUAAGCAACCAUAAAACUCCAUAAAAACCAUUAAAAAAAAAAGUUUGAGCCUGAG